CGGAAAAGGUAGUGUUAGGUUGCUUGUCAAUUGUUUUGUAGAGUUAGGCUCAAUUUUUAUUUCAAUUUAGUUCUAUCGCUAUGGAAGGAGUUAUUUGAUGAUCAAGACAAGGAAGUGAUUUGGUGUGGACCACAAGGAUUGUUUAGGGCCUUGAACCUUUGAUGCCAAGCCCAGGCACGAACAGAAAGAAAGAAAGAAAGGUCAAGCACAAUAUUGAAACAGUUUAUUGCUCAGUGGGAUCAUUUUUGCAUGUGGGCGUGGGGCCACUUUUCAUCCGAUCAACGGGAGCUGCGAUCGAGAGAGAACACAAAUCGGAAAAUUAUUUUCAUCGCUGCCUGAUACAACGCGCCUCGUGUAAACAAAAUCGGUCCACGUCUAUCUCGAAGUUUUUCAGUUUUUCGUCCGAUAUAUUUUACCUUUCCAAAAUGACUCUGAACCCUCCUGCAGCGUCCUCUCCCGUCGGCGGCACUUCUACAUCUGGGGUCGUCGUGCCGGGUGUUGAGAGCACCGAAAAUAAUCCGAUCUUCACUGUGGAAACGCCGACGAAUGGCACCACGUCGGCCCAACAAGAACAAGACCUCUCGAACUACCGUCGGGUAAAUCUGUCGACGUGGAAACAGGGCGAGCUCCUGGGGCGCGGAGCCUCGGGGGAAGUGUACAAGGUGAUGUGUGCCGGGCACUUUUUUGCGGUGAAAAAAGUACCCCUUCGAGGGCUGCUGGGAAUCAAGAACCAACAGGACGAGCAUAAUUCUGUCGUCGUGACAGGGGACGAGCACCAGCUGCAACACGACGAAGGCGCGGGCGGGGGCGGAAUUGGAGCUGCGAAGGCUAUGGAAGCGUCAGGAUUGAAACCGUCAAAGUUGAAAUAGUGUGUGAUGCAUAAAAUGCAACCCACAGAGUGCCUGUCUUGCAGAGUACGCAAGGGAGGCAGAUUGUAAGCCUGUUGAGGGGUAAAAAUAGAGAUGCUCCAGUAGCAUGACAAAAGGCGUCGUCCUUACCCAAGGAGCAUUACAAACUGGACUUAGGCACCACCAAGAUUUGUCAUGCGCCACCUGAAAACUAGGCGCCUACUGGUAUCCGUUUUAUGCGUCACAAAUUAUUUCAACUCUGACGAUUUCGAUCCUGACACUCCCAUAAAAGACGCGAAAGAGAUAGAGCAGGAGCUGAAAAAUCUGAAAGAGGAGAUUGAACUGCUGAAAAAGCUGGACCAUAUCGUAUGUAAAAACGUCCGUCCAGCCCCAUAGCUGUAAAAUGCAAAUCUGCAUGCUGAGAAUGUUUCUCAUGCGGAGCCCCAUGAGAAGCAUUUCCUACUAAGUGUUGUUGAAUUUGUCAUGCUCCAAUCAGCAUGGUAUUAUAUUACUAGAUCUGUUAUGCCGCUCCACUACCUCAGACAGCACUACACUACGAGUCCAAAUUUUUCAUGCGAAACAGCUCAAGCCUGUGGAAGGAUGUGUCUAGCCGAAUUCCCAUGUUAACUCUGGCGGUUGGGGACGGUUUUACAAAGGAUAGACUACCCACGCGUGGUGCGGUACAUUGGCCUAUGAAUUGCAAAAAUGUCUGGGUCUGAAAGAAUGGAAGUUUGUCAUGCUUGUCUGACAUGAUUCGCAAGUCUGUCGUGCACAUUACCCAAAAGCUCCAUUUUUCUGUCAUGCAGAAGCUCACUUUGUCAUGCAGAAACACCAACACUGUUGUAGCACCCCCAAAACUUGUCAUGCUUGCCAGUCAAUUGAGGCGCCUUCGUCUUUCUCAACCAGCAUCACAAGUUUCCAGACCCAGACAUUUUUACAUUUGAAAUGGCUGUUUGCUGGACCGCGGAACGAAGGGGGCGGACCAGUUUUUGAACAUUUUUCUCGAGUACAUGCUAUGCAAUGCAAAAGCACCGUACUAGUAUAAAUUGCAUUGCAAAUUUUCUCAGCAUGAGAAAUAAAAUUUGCCAUGCUGAUUUACGUUAAGAAAAAAACUUGUAAUGCAAGGCUUGCAUUUUUACGAAUACGAUACUUUUGCAGUGCAUACAUGCCUUGCGGCUCCAUGUCGACCGUCCUGAAAAAAUUCGGGCCCUACAGCCUCCACCUCACACAAAAAUACGUCCGCCAGAUUCUAGAGGGCCUGGACUUUCUGCACAAGAAGGGUAUAGUGCACCGGGAUUUGAAGUUAUCCACAGUAAAUUUCCUGUACACGUACAAAUGCGGUCUCUGCAUGGCAAAGCUUGGCUUUGAUUCUAGUUUAGCAUGACAAGUUUCAUCACACUCCAAAUUGGGAAAAUUUGUGAUGCAUCUUGUACAUGUACGGGAAAUUUGUAUUGCAUAGAAGUGCGCAAACAUCCUCGUGGACCAGUGCGGGGACGCCAAGCUGGCCGACUUUGGAGCCUGCCGUAUCCUGAGUAAAAACAUCCCCACACCAGAGUCAAGAUGGGGACUUUGCAACACAAACCUAGAACUUUUGGGGGUCACGCAUCACAAGUUGCAGUCCGUAGUGUAGUGCAGGUUCGCAAGGCCAGCUGCAUCAGAAAUCCAUCUGCUUAACCUGUUUACAGCAUUACAAAUUCCAAAACACGACUAAAAAUGCAUCUCCUGGCGAUGCGCAUUACAAAUGUUUUUGUCAUUGCGAAUCUGCAUGACAGUGUGGGGACGUUUUUACUCAGGAUAUGCCGUCAACUGGCCUCCUUGCACGCGACCCUGAGUGGCGAAAUGAAGUCGAUCAAAGGUACGUAAUUAUCAGAAUUGUUGGUGCAUGAAGAAGAAGAUGGACCUAUCGUCACCAUGAGUAAAGCUUUUGAAAGCCCACUGCCCUUACCGGCCUCCCCUCCGCACCUUCCCAACGAUUUUGAUUACCAGCCGGAUUAUGUUCUUCAUUUUUGUGAUGUGUACUAGCGGUGCAACUACGUGGUCUCCCCCCAGUAGUAUGUACACCAAGCAUAUCAAGAUCGUCACGCACAUGUGGCCUUAGUGUUGUUCUCUGUUACAAAGUCAAAGCGAUAAAAGUUAAAUUUUGAAAUUAUGCGGAUUUUGGCAGUCAAUAAAAAUUUAUUUUUAAAAUUUCGCGGAUUUCAGCAACCAAUAAAAAUAAAUUUUUGAAAUUUCGCGGAUCAGGGGCGUUGGGCGACAAGCGCGAAUAUUGUUUAGAAAAGUGAAUUGCAACACAAUGAAAAUAAAAUUUUGAAAUUUCGCGGAUUUUGGGAGAGGGGCCAAAUCGAAACCAUGCGCAUCCAUUGGCGUGCGACCAGUGCACCGUUGUCGAGAAGAUUUGGCUGCUAAACAAAUGCAAAUGCUGCGACUGAAUGCAUUUACUUUUUAUCUUCAAUAAAAAUAAAAUUUUAUAGUUUCGCCAAAUCUCGUUCUCGACGACAAUGAUAAAAGGCAUAGAAUUCAAAAUUGCUGCGGUUUUAGGUUUAUUUCUCCUCGUGCGGAUUUAGCCUCUCCUCGCGGGGCUUAGUCGAAGUAAAAGGAAAAGCUAGUAAAUUUUAGGUGGAUGUGUGUGCGAAAGAGGCUCCCGGUGGGGUCGUGUUUCAUCGGAUAUCGUCGUAAUCUGAUGUUGUGGUAGUAUUUGUUUGGUUGAUUCGAAAAAAAGCAAAUCAGGUUCCGUAUGGCGACGUUCACAAGCGUGACUGACAUCGUUCGCUGUGAUAAGAACAUGUUGAACGAAGGAAUGAUUAUCGCAUUCCGUAAGAUCAAGAUGAAACAGGCUAAUUUUGCAGAAUUUUCUCAACAGACAACAGCAUUGAAACGACCUGUGCGAAAAUCGAUAGUAUUGCUUGCAAGAAGACUAAGACAGGCUCAGGCAAGGAGUUCUAGUUGCCCCCUAUCGCAGCUUUCGCAACUACAGUUUCUGGAUUUGCAUGACAAAAUCCUGUAACAGCGAUCAGUGUUGUAGUCAGUUUUACCGUGCCACACUCCGUGUAUUGGAUGGCACCGGAAACCGUUACCGGAAUUAUCGGGCGGCGGUGCGAUAUGGAGUUCUCAAAUGUUACAUUCUCAACUGUUUACAUGAUUUGUCAUGCAAAAUUGCAAUCAGAAUUGACACGAUCAAGCUCGUCACCCCCCCGGGGAGGGGAUCCUUGACCUGUGGCGCUGGGUGCGGGUGUCCACUACAUGAUGAUGAUCAUGAUGAAGCUGCCCCGCAUGACAAACUCCCGAAGAGCCAAACAGGCUGAGAAUCUGCGCCAAAUUUGUCAUGCGAGACGCGCAAGCUCCCUCCUUUCAUUUUUGCCAUUCUUGCAUCACAUAUUCAUGUAACAGUUGAGAAUGUAACAGUUGAGAACGCCAUAUGCGAUAUUUGGUCCGUCGGUUGCACCAUGAUCGAGAUGCUCAUCGCUGCCCACCCAUAUCAACUGCAAAAAUGUCUGGGUCUGGAACAAGAUAUAGAACUUGUCACGCUAAGCCUAAAUCUAAAUGAUGCAAAAAUCUGUGUUGCGUGAGUGCCAAAAGCUGUCCGUUUUUGACCAAGUUGAGAGGGAGUUUCUCAUGCAGGAAAGGCCUGAUAGAGACUUCAAGGAGUCUGUUAUGCUGGGUCUCGCAUUCCAGACCUCAUGGGUCAUGGAACACCUGCAUCACAAAUCUUGCAUUCUUCCAGACCCAGACACUUUUACAUUUGAUAACCCAUGGAGCCUCCACCCGAAAGCGAGCAGCUGGAGUAUGGAGUUCUCAAGUGUUACUACAUUCUCUACUGUUACAUGAAUUUGUAAUGCAAGAAUGGCAUCAAAGUGAAAGUCAAAGAAGGGAGGUCGGAUCUAUAGCAUAUACAAAUUCCACCGCACAGAUUUCGGUGCUGCUAUAGCCUAUUUCCAAAAUUUGUCAUGCGAGGUAGCUUGCUCGACGUGUGGAUGUUGAUGCUCAGUCUGCAUGACAAAUCUUGUAAAAUAAACAGCUGAGAAUGUAACGCUUGAGAGUCGUCGCAUAUGGAGCAUCGCGGAAGCUCUACAGUUAUCCUGUGCAAAAGCAUCGUACUCGUAGUAAUCGCAGUCAUGCUCAUGCAUUACAAAUCUGCAUCCUAAGGUAAAUCAGCAUGACAAAUUCCUUUUGUUCUCAUGCUGAGCUAGUAGUUUGUCAUGCGAUUUAUACUAGUACGAUACUUUUGCAGUACAUAACAGUACAUCGUUUCCAGUGCAGAGAUGCCGCCUUUUGCAGGAAUCGAAGCGCUCAGCAACACAACUACUCCACCUCCUGCAGAAAAGUCUUCAGCUAAUACAACAGCUGCGAGCCUGGUUGCCGUGGAGUUUCUUCAAAAAUGCCUCCAGAGGGACCAUAUGCAUCGCAAAAGUGUCGCAUUCGUAUUGCAGUCAUGCAUUGCAAAUCUUUUUUUUAAGGUGAGUCUGAGUCAGCGUUACAAAUUUUAUUUCUCACGCAGAGGAAAUUUGUAAUAAAUCUAAAUGCAUUUAUACAAGUGCGAUACUGUUUUGCAAUUCAUAGACCAUAAGCUCCGGCCGUAUGCGGAGGACCUGUUGCUGCACUCCGACUUCCUGAAUAUGAAUUUGAAAUCAUAAUCAACAGGAGAACUUCUUGUAGUAGCAGAAGCGCAACAUGGUAACUACAAGAACUUUUGAGCUGCCAAAAGCAAAAGGUGUCUCUUUUGACCAGACUUCUGAUACUACUUCUUAACUAGCAGCAGCAGCAUUCUUCUCUUUGGACGAGAAGUGGGAAUUGGCUUUCCCGCUUGAAGAUCACGACCACGGGGGUCGCGGAAGAUGAUUUUCUGAUUCUGUAUCGUAAGAAAAAUAUGUUUCGCUGUGAAAUUGUAAUGCAGAACAUGUAUCCCGCUCCCGCAGAAGUAUUUGCCUUGCUACAUAUGGUGCAAGACCAUGAGCUUUUAGGCUUAUUUUCCCUUGGAAAGCUCGCAUGGCAAUUUCUUUUUGUGAAGAUGUAGAGCAAACUUGUGAAGAUGCAAAACUUGCAAAAUCUCCUCAGAGAAACACUUUCUUCGUAUGAUAAUGAUAUUCAUAUUCUACAGAACAAGAACUCCAAGAAUCUGGCUCUGGUACAACUGCAAGCAAAUGCUGUAUAGAUUUGUACCCUGCUAACAAGGAUCCUGAUAUUGAUUGUGCUGGUUCCUGAAAAGUAUCAGGAAGCAUGUGAGUCGGCUGUACAUGAUGUAAACAAGUCACAAGCCCCUGGUAGAAAGUGAUGAGGACCUCCCGGGCCGCGCUCUGUUCGCUGCUUCAUGCCCGAUAAGUUUUAGAUCUUCAAGAUUUGUCGGUUCUUCUUAGUGAUCGAUUUCUUGUCCAUCAUCUGGCGCAUUAUAAGAAAGGAAGAAGCUGCAUGGCGCUACUUCCCCAGAGCAGCUGCAGCCACGACCGGUGAUGAUGAGGCCGGAUCGUCGCACGAGCAGGAGGACACAGCGACCACAGCGACAACAAGACCUCUCGCCCUAACUUGUACGCUGACUGAGCAGCAGGACUCCGUGGGACUGCCUCAGUUUGUUAGUUUUGUCUAUCUAUUAUUGACUCCUAGAGCUGCGGGAGAACAUGCAUACUACUGUUGGUGGGCUCGUCCACCAGAUGACAAAAGCGCAUCAGCAGCUUUAGUGUUGUCGUCUCACUUAUCCCGAAGUAGAUGAAGAACUACAAAUAGGAGCACUGCGUCACAAUUUUGUAUACCGGCCAGCUGUGUGCCGUCGCUUUCAUCUUGCGGCGCCGCACAACGAGGUCGGCCAACUUCAGCUUUACGAAUCGACUCCUUUCACAGAGCAGAUCGGGAGUUGCAGUCUCACCCGAAAAUAAUGUAUAAAAAUGAUCCCGAAUAAAGUAGGUAGAAGCAUCUACUAACCUGUAUGCUCGGACUGUGCUGUCUUUAAUUUGAAGAGGUGAAGUAAAAUUAUGUCUCUAUCCGGCAAGGACAAGGAGAAGCUCCUCAAAUAAU